UAACGCUGGACGGUCCCUCCCUGCGGCAGCUGAACUUGUUAAAAGGUUUAUUUACCGUGUAACUUACCGGAGCAGUUUUACCGCCAACAUGUCGCACACCGUCAUCACCACCACGACGACCACCAGGACGACCGGCGACGGCUUCAGCCUCAACACGGGCUACACCCGCACCAUCCCGGGACUGCUCAAGAUCGGACAGAUGCUUGCUUUGCUCAUCGCCUUCCUGUGCGUCCGCUGUGUUCGGGGUUGGCCCAGCUGGGCGGCUUUCCAGUACUUUGAGGUUGUGGCGCUGUGGUUCCUCAUCGCCUUCCUCAUCUUCUUCCUCAUGCACCUGUUCAGGCUGCAGGCGAAGAUGCCGUGCAUCAACUGGCCGCUGACGGAGUUCUUUCAUUACUCCGUCGGGACCGUCCUCAUCCUCAUCGCCUCCAUCGUGGCCGCGGUGAAUAGCGGAGGAGUUUCUGCCCUGGUGGCCGCAACGGUGUUUGGGUUCAUAGCGACUUUCCUGAUGGCCGUUAGUUUGUGGACGUCUUACAGUGUGACCUGUGGCCCUCAUCAGACCGGUGCAUCAGUGUAAAGAAGCGACCCGUCUUGUAGGAACCCGGUGGCUGUGUGUGCAGUUUGCUGUGUCCUGGUCAAUUUUCUGCCUAGCAACCACCGGGAUAAUAACCUGAUUGGAUUAUAACUCAUACUGCAGAGGUAACAGAAGUGCUGAUCCAGGACCAGCUGUCGUUUGCAACAAUCUGAAACGUAACCAUCAACACCCGAUCGUCAUGGUAACACCCCGGGAGGACAGUAGUUUCAUUAUUACUCAGAACACAUUUUUAUUCCUCAUUGAAUCUUAUCAAACCUCUGAAGCCACAGUUCCAUGUUAAAGGUGCUCAGUGUCACAUUGAACCAUCGAUUGUAUCAGUCACACAUUUGGUAGAAUCAGUAUCAGUCGGCUGGUAUUGUUCUCACAACUACAUUUCCCAUCGUUCCUGCUGCUCCUCGUCCUCACUUUCCCGCCUGAAAAGCGUAGACGGGUUUAGAAAUGUUUUUUUCUUUCCAUGAGCUUUUCUCAUUCUUCCGCCGUCAGCGAUCAAAAAUGUAAAGAAGCUUUUUAGAAAAGUUUAAGCUGCGUUAGCUUUAAAAGAACAGCGCCCCCUUACUGUCGUGUGCCAUAAAGCAAUGCAGAUGAUUUCCCUCCAAAGUCUCACGGGUCUGAGCGCAGCCACAGUGUCUCUGUGUCGCCGCUUCAUCGCAUCUCCUCAGUGGUUUACAGUAUCUCGCUUGAUUUGCUCGAUUCGUUUUAAAAGUUCAUCUAUUCCAACUUUUUUAUUCUACUUUGAAAAUUCCUCAAGCUCAGUAAAAGCAGUCUGGACGACAGACGUGUGACGCCCUUUUUACAAUCACAUCAACUGAUGCACAGUAUAGCCCUGUUAGCCUGCUAUGCUAAUUUUGCUAGCACACUCAAAUAUUUAUAAAGUCUCAUUUUACAUACUUCCAAACUCAAAAGUACCUGAUGGUUCAUGGUCAAAAAGGGGAGUGGCCUUUAACGGUCUCCAUCUUGGCUACAUAGCAGAAAGGGAGGGGCCACCAACGUAUUUUCAAACUUGUGGAUGGGGUGGCUGAGGACGGAGGACACGUGGUUGGCGGCCCGACUUCGCAUGAAACGCGGUGCACACACAGGAAAGUAAAACUUAAUUUUUAAGUCACGUGAGCAAAGACGGUGACGGAAAGUUUGGUGAGCGACAAUCGUGGUCACGUGUUUUGAUUGUCAUUCCCGGUGUGUACGCAGCGGCAGUGUUUGAUUUGAGACUUCACUGUUGAGAUUCACGUAUUACACAUGUGAGUGUACUGAAUACACAGAGUACUACAUGUGAGUGUACUAAUGGAAGUAUGUGAAUUGGGACUCAGUCAUCGUCAUCACUCUGGUGUGCUAACAAACAUUAACAAGCUAAUAUUUUACAGAAAAUAGCUUGCAUGCUAAUGACUUUGUUAGCAUGCUAAAACAUUACUCAGGGGCUAAUACUUACGUGUGCUAAAGAACAACAGCAUGCUAAAGAUUUAUGUGAAUUCAAACAAUGAAAAAGAAAACAUUAGCAUGCUAACAACGCAAACACAAAAACCAAGAAAAAGAAAAACUUUGUUUGGUGAUAAUCUAUAUUUUUCUUAUUGUCAACACACUUCAUGUGCAGAACUAAACUAACAGUGAGUGGAUCAAAUGUGCCCCAAAUACUGUGGAUUAAUCCGCCACUGAAAAUAGUCCCCAACAAAUGCACUAUUAAGUAGGUUUGCCAAAAACGACCGUGCCCAGCUGUUUUCAGAACCUGCUGACCCUUUUUUAAAUAAUUAAAAGCUAUAUAUUUUUGAUUAUUUUUUUUAUGUCUUUAUCCAAUGGGCUUAUCCCUGAGAGCCACAGACAAGAGAAGGGAAGUCAGAGAGUGAGAGACGGACUAACACACUGUUGGGUUGAGUCUGCACAUGACUCUUGUUGAUGAUAUCAAAAAUCUAGACUGAUGCCAGAGACAUCCUUCAAACCGUGAUUUCACUGCUGUGUUAAAAACAAAGAAUGUGCCAUUAGUUUGAGAUAUGAACCUUUACUGAAGCGAACAAAAGCUUGUUCUCUCUGGGUGGGGCAGGAAGCAUCACAUUAACUCCGCAGUUAGAGUUCAGAGAACAAAUCAAUUAGCUGUCUGCUUCAGCCAUUAGCUCAGUAUCAGAGGAACUGCCUUUAUUACACUUCCACUAUGAUCUACGGUCCUUGCGAUUGUCCUUGGUGCUUUUAAAAAACUGUUAAUCAUUUGAAUUUAAAGUCAAUCUCAGAAAGAAAGCACAUGACAAACAGAGACAGUUCCACGUGAAGAGAAAACAGGAUCAAGAUUUCUACGGAGUCUGACGGGGGUCAAAUCAUGGAGACAAGUACUGAUGUGGAAAUUAGUUUGCACACGUUCAUGAACUUAACUCACACAUAACAAAAUGUGCAUGGAUUCAUAAAGAAUAUGUGUAAAAUAAUUAAAAGUACGGACAAUAAUGAAUAGUGAAAAACAUACACGUGAAUUUAUAAAGUUUACAGAUUAAUAUGUGUGUAUGGAUUGAUGAAAUGUCCGCACCGAUCAGACACAUUUAAACGGAUUGGGAUUAAUAACCUGAACACAGAUGAACAAAACAAAGAGAAGGAUUAAUAAAAAUAUGUUUGAUAAAACGUAUGAUUAGUAAAACGUACGGACAGAUAAUAAAAGGUAAAAGGUAACAUUAAUAAAAAUGCAUGAUUAAUAUAAUGUACACGGAUCAAUUAAUCUACACAGAUUAAUUAAAGGUAUGAACGUAUAAUCAACCAUAUGCAUGAAGAGAUAAUAAAAUGUACAGACAUUAAUAAUUAACUACACAUGGAUUUAUUCAACAUACAGUAUGUACAAAGGAUGAACUAAAACAUCCAUAUGGAUCAAUAAAUUGUAUGUACAGAUAAACAAUGCAUGGAUUAAUCAGGUGGUUUUCAAAAUAAAAGUAGAAAGUAUAAUUGAAAAAGAUUGAAAGUAAAAAAAGCAUUUAACUGUCAGCAGCUAAUGAAGGCACAGACUAAUAACGGGUCAGAGGAAUAGUGAAAUACUAUAAAUAUCUGGUGUGUUGCACUUCAUAAAAACAAGUCACAGCAUGUUUGCUUUUGUACAAUUCUCUGACUGUUGAAGCACAAAUGUGUCUGAAAUUACCUCUCCUGGCCUUUACUGCAUGUUGUAGUACUUUCACUAUUUGUCUGACUGUGAUUUUUAAUCUGUGCUUCCAUUUAGUGAAAGACAGAAUAACAAAUUAUAUAUAACCCUUGACUCUAUUUAACCCACCUAGACCAUUAUUCAGAUUCUUACUUUCACGUCAUUAAUAUGUGCAACUUAUUUUCCACAUCACAUGACCCCCGGCUCCGUAGUUUUCUGACCAAUCAGUGGAUCUGGGCUGUUAAACAGAAUCUACUGAAUAAUACACCGAUGCUUUGGUGCAGUGGAUUAAAACCAAGUUGUUUUUAGUUCUACAAACAUUUCUGAUUGACCCAACAUUUAGUUGAAGUGAAAGUUGUUACUGCAGCAAACUUGAAAGGUCACAUAAACUAUUAGCCAUGUUAAAUGAGCUUGUUUAAGCUAAAUAACCAUGUAAGAUAUAUAAGCGUGUUUUUACUGCAAAACCCUUUUCUCACUCGUCUGAGCACAAAUUGCUGUAAAACAACUUUGUGUACAAACAAAAAAUAAAACAAAAGUCAUUUAAUUAAUCAUUAUCUAAUCAUUUAUUAACUGAUAAAAGAAAAGGGACCAAGAUUAUGAAUCUGACAUUUGUUGCCACCUUUCAGUAGUUAACAGUUUUCAAUACUCUGCUACGGACACUUAAAAGUAGCUAGUCAGCUAAUGUUUACUCCUCAAAGUUCACUAGCUAGCAAAGCUUAGCUUAUCACCAACAGGGAUCUUUUGUUUGGGGAAUGACAUAAAACAACUUUAUAUCAUGGCAGAACACUUUGUUGUUAAGUAUUUCUGCUAAUAUUAGCUCUAGCUAACAGGCUUACGUUAGCAUGUCUUGCUUGACCUAAGUUAAAAAUGGCUGUGCUAACCUAGCAACAAAAUCUUUGGUGUAAAACAAUUUUGAAUUACUGAAUUAUCCUUUUUACUUUCGGAGUCUGUCACAAUUAUUUAUUGUAAUUCUAAUUCAGUUUAGCAUUAGCUAAUACGCUAAUUCAAUAUUCCAUUCCAUAUUGGCCUUAUUAUUGAUAUUAUCAAGGUGAUCUUACCUGUUAGCUAGGAUAACUCUAUCAUUUAAUCACUUUAAACUGAAUUAACCUUUAUGUUGCUGACUAGCUGUAAGUAUUAGCUUCACUCUCUUCCUGUGGCAGAAGGUGGAGGAAAGAUUUCACUGAAAGCCAUUUAACAUGUACUGUAUGUGUCAACACACAGAAACCAGUUUCAGCCAUUGGAGUCUCUAACAUUGGAGUUCAGCAGUCAGCUAACCUACGGGGAAAAAACAGAUUUAGAUUUAAUCAACUGAUUGUUUGUAGAACUAAAAGUCAUAUCCACAGCUGUUUUCCUCUGGCUGCUGGAGCGGGCGUUCUCUGUGAUUUUAGUGUGAAACUCUCCUGCCGUUUCCUGUUUCCAAACUCUUGAUGAUGUGAAACUGAAGUGUGCUUUCAGUCGGAGACGUUCAUCCUCAGAUUACUGCCUUACUGUCGAUCAGAUGCCAAAAAUCUCAGUGCGAUGCUUCAGAUUUUCACUGAAUGUGUCUUUACAUUUCCUCUGGAGCAGCACAGAAUACACAACGAAGGAUUUCUGUCUAAUUGGAUUAAAAUUGAAUGUUUCACUUUGACUGUGACAUUUACUGGACAAAUUCUAAUGGAUUUAAAUACAGAUUAUUGUCUGUUGUCUUCUGGUGCUUCACUUGAAGCCUCUACACACUGUGUGAUGAGAGUCCAACUGCUUCACUCAGAUUAUACAAUCUGAAUCAAGUGGCAUCAGAUUGUGCCAUGAACGUCUCAUGAAUAGUAGUGUCACGAUUGCAGCUGAAGUGAUUGGUUAAUUAAUCGUAAUUUUGGAUUAUUUGUCAAAUACAAGAAGCUACUGAACGAUGCUUGAACGCAUCACAAGGCUGUUUGAUAUUUUAAUGGUGAUGUAAUGGACAAAACAAUUAGUCAGAAAAAGCAUCAGCAGAUUAAUCAAUAAUGAAAGUAAUCUGUCGUUGCACCACCUGGAAAAUGAUGUGUAUAGGUUAAUUUUCAAAAUAAAAGACAGAAGUACUGUCUAUUUUUUCUAAAAUCAAGUUUGAACAAAUAAAAAAAAAUCAUUUACUUUGUUCAAAUGGAUUUGACACAGAUCACAUGACCUGACCCUGAACUGCUCCGCUACGUGUUAAUUACUGUGAUUUACAUUUUACAACAUUACUAAUCAUAUUUAUCUUUUCACAAAUUCUCCAUCUUUGAUGUUGAAUCCAGAAUAAUUCCUCACAUUGUUUUUCACACAGUUUAGUCACAUGAUCGUGAACGCACAUUAAUGACGAGAACAGCAGCAUCAGUAGACGCAGAUGACCCGGUGUGACUGACGUCCUGGUCCUGUCUCAGCAGCAGAGACAGUGACGUCCUCACAGCGUCAAACUGGAGCCUGAGGCUGGAGGACGUGUCUGUCGGGUUGAGGAUUUGAACCUGCGACAGACUCACACAGUGUGUAGGUGUUCACAGUGUCACGCCCUGAGAGGCAGCAGCUGUUUUUGACCAAGUCAAACUGCUGCUUUUCACUUUGACACGUUUUACGUUUGUGUAACGGCCAGAUGUUGAGCUGUGUGUUUGCUGCUUCACUGUUUGAUUUUGGGUCUGGACCAGUUUGAAGCUUUAUUUCCUGAUACCACGUCAGCUGACCGCACCUGAUGUCAUCGAACAUCCGGAGCUAACGCACUCGUCACUUCUUGCUCAUCACUGGACAGAACAACGUCGAUCUUUAGAGGUUGAGUUCGCAUGCUCUGAUGUGUUUCCAGGUUUUGUAUUUCUAUCGUUGAACUUUUGAUAAACCAAGUGUUUCCAUCACUAUCUGCCCAGUUUACAGUUUUGGUAUUGAACUUGGAUAUUUUUCAUUGGUCCAUCCCUUUUGUUUUGACUCUGGAGCUGGUUUUUAUUCUGAAUGUGUCCAUCAGAGACAGCUGGUGUCCGUCCACUGUCCUCUGAUCAGACGUUCUCUCUGGCUCCGGCCCAGAAUCCACUCUGUUUACAUUAUUUAUUUUGGCAUGUUUGUAUUCUCUGAUGCUUAAUGAUGCUAAUCUCACUGAUGCACAGUGACCUGAUGGAGAGUCGUGUGUCCACCGGGAGAAACGGGAUGCUGGUGAACGGUCUGUCGUUUGGUGGCUUUAAGAACCGAUCCAGGAGCAGGACCAGCCCACAGUGUGUUCUGGACCUGGUCUGGUAAAAAAAAGGUGAUGUGCUCUGUAGUUAAAGAUAAUGAUGAUGAUAACUUUAUUUAUGGAGCACCUUUUAAUACAACGACACAAAGUGAUUUGCAGUAAAAAAUAAUUAAAGUAAUAAAAUCUAGUUGGAUUUCUCUCUUGAUUUGUAUCGACUGUGGAGAUGAAGAGACUUUCCUCCUCAGAGAGAAUCAUGUUUUUGAAAAGUUGCUCAGCAGAUUUCAUCCUCGUCACAGAUCUUAGGACCUGAGCGGUCGCGGUCCUGUGAGGUGUGUGUUCAGGAUUCACUGCUCAGUCCUUUACACAGCACCGGCCCGGUGGACUCACACACUCUGAUUGUUUCUUUAGAUUUUCCUCCAAAGUGCCUUAAUGUUGUGUUGAAGUACUGAUCGGUCCUUGAGCUGCUGUCAGUCAGCUGAUGGAGCCGGUUUAAAGAUGGUGGCGUGUGUUGAGGUUGGUGCUGGUGGAGAGAUGAAGUGAUUUUAUUCUACUGAAGAAGAGAAGAUGUCCACACUGUUAAAUGUCACAUCACAAAGAGCUCACAUGACUUGUGUUGUUUUCUACUUUUUUUUAAAAGUGUGUUUAAACUAAACUUGUGAUUUGUUGCAUGUUAUAAAUUAAAGGCUCAU